AUGACAAUAUCUGACAAUGACAAGCCUACACCAUACCAGUUCGUGACCGCGACCAAGCCUUCGCACUUCAAGGACAAGAGUGCGAAUAAGAUUGUCCGUUCACAAGCGACGAGUUAUGUUAGACGCAAAGCGUCUCUUCUGAAAAAGGCUAGCCAGGCCGCUGUUGAAGAUGUCAGUGAAGAGAGUCGAAGGAGUAGUAAGACUACCGGGCCCCGCCCGGAAACAAACUACAAUAGCAGUCCUCGUCUUCUUGACCACACAGCAUCCGACGAGCAGUCCCACUUGUAUGCGCAAAAUCUGCGAUCAUUGGCUGCAACGUCGGCAGUGAAUGACGAGAAAUACGCGAAAGGCUUGCGCGUCCCAAUACCGGUAUCUGCACCGAGCGAGCCUAGCUGGAAAACUCAGUGUGGUGAACAAGUACAACAUGGUACAGAUGAAACACUCGAUGGAGGGAGAAAUCUGGACACAGAGGAACUCAAGAUGAGGAUCUUAAUCAGACAUCUCGCUAAAUGUUCUGCUCAUGGCAAUAUGCCCGAUCCUUCUGAUAUUCUACCCCGCUUCGUUAACCCACAGCUAAACUCGAUUUUCUUCAUUCGUCACUGCCUUCGCACGUUUGUGACCAUCUCGACCAUGGAGGGAUGGCUACCUGCGGUUCUGAAUGACCCCCAUCUGAUACUCAGCUCAACGCUCAUCACUUCCGGUUGGCUAGACAUGCAGGAAGGUAUUCGAGGCGAAAGUGUCAGAACCUGUAUGGUAAAGGCUGAAGUCUAUGCCAUGGCUGCGGGACAUCUACACAAUCCACAUGUGACGCUCAAGGAUGCUUCCAUACUGGUCGUUGAUAAUCUACUCAUGGGAGAGAUGUGGGACCUUGAUGAGGACCAUCUUCGGAUGCACCAGAACAGAAUUGCGUAUCUCGUGCAACAGCGAGGUGGAAUGCAGAAAUCAGAAAACAAGACCAUACUCGAGAUCUCUGCAGCGUGCUGCUUCCACACGGAUCUGAUAUGCAAUACAGACCCCUCGCCUAUCUUUGAGGAAUGGGACCCACAAGAUAUCUGUCCAGAUCCUUUCAGUCAUUUUGUUGAAUCGCCCUUCUCUAAUCAGAAUACUGGUUCGUCAGUUCCCAAGCCUCUUGUUCAAUUAAUAUGCGAUAUGCGGGAUCUGGGAGACCUAUUCAUAGGCUGCGCCACAACCAUGUCCAAUGUCGAUACUGCGCAACAUAAGGAUACCACUCGCAUGAGCUCUUCUGCUUUUGAAUUGAACACAUGGACUAGCGAGAUGAUUGAUCGCCUCAUUAAUCUACCUUCAGCCUCGGAAGCAGGGCAUCUCUUCACUGACGAUUGGAUCUACGAAAGCUGUCGGAUUGCUUCUUUGAUAUACGCGGCGGCCAUCAAGGUACGGAUAUCUUUCCCUGAGGCUGCUGAUCCAACGCGGAAUUCGCUGUACGCUGAAUCUGUGAGGUUGUCUGGUGGCUCAAAGUGCACGACGUCUUUGAGUGUUCUGUUAUUUAAGACGCUGGAGCGCACAGAUAUUGAAAAUACGUGGGGGGAUCUUGCGGGUGUUCUUUAUUGGGUUUGCAGUAUUGGAGCAAUGUCUGCUCGCACGACUACGAUGGAACAAGGGGCGAGUACAGAGUUUGAUAUCUGGGUCCGACGGUGUCUCAGCAUGCACGCGUCUCGCCUUUUGAUCAUGUUAGCAUUUCAAUACUCUCUGCCGAUGGCGACAAUGGCAAAAAAGUUGCUCAAAGUGAGGCAGCUAGUGGCACCAACAAGACACAGGGUUUGUAUACCAUCUUCUAAAUAA